CUUGCGCACCACCAGGAGGAAGCGCCCCCCGAAAGCGCCCACUAAUCCCGCACCACGACGCGCACUCCCCGCCACCACCGCCGUCCUCGCGCCGGCACGCACGCACUCGCGAGCCCGCGCGCAUACAUUUACGCGGCGCGGAGCUCGAGGGCGCGCCCUUCCCCCGCCGCUCCUUCUGUGUUCGUGUCGUGGCACCAAAGCAGCGGCAAUGGCGCACGACGGCUUCCUCGGGGGGUUCCACGACCUGCCGUGGCCGCUCUCUCAUCAUGCUGCUGUCGCCAGCGCCGCCGGAGGCGGGCCGUUCGAUGCCCUGCAGGCGCAUGUGCAGCACGCUCUGAUGGGGGCCGGCGCGGGGGCGGGGUGGGAGCACGACGCCGCGAUGGGCUCGCUCGUUCCGUCGCGGUCGCCGUCGCCGUCGUCGCUUGCGGCGGCCGCCGGAGGUGGAGCUGCUGUUGAGGCCGCCCUGAUGGAGCAGCUGGCGAGCAGGCUCGGCGUCAGUGUGCCGUCGCCGCCGUCGUCGCGGUACGCGUCGUGCUACAGCACGCCCGUGAGCUCCCCGUCCAAGCCGGCGGCGGCGCCGUUCGGGGCUCCUCUGCUCGGCGCGGACGCGGAGCGCGCCGCGCGGCUCUCGUGCCUCGCGGCCUCCGGCGGGAAGCUGUCUCGAGCGGCGAGCAGCCAGUCGCUCCGCGGCGAGCCGGCGCCUGCCCCUGCUCAGCAGCUCGCAAGCGACGGGUCGAGCAGCGACGGCCCCAGCCGGAAGCGAAAGGCGCCGGGCGGCAAGUCCAAGGCCAAGGACGCGGUGACCACGGCGACACCGAAAUCCCGGGAGCCGGAGAUGAGAGCCAAGAAAUGCAAGCUUUCCACGGACGCCGCCGAUGACGAGGAGCGGAAGCUGGCGACCGGAGAUGCAGGGCGAAGCAAUGGCAAGGGCAAGCAGAUCGCCGCAGAGCCGCCCAAGGACUAUAUCCACGUGCGCGCGCGCCGGGGCCAAGCCACGGACAGCCACAGCCUCGCCGAGCGGGUGAGGAGGGAGAAGAUCAGCGAGCGUAUGAAGCUGCUGCAAGACCUCGUCCCCGGCUGCAGCAAGGUUACCGGAAAGGCCGUGAUGCUUGACGAGAUCAUAAACUACGUGCAGUCUCUACAACGGCAAGUGGAGUUCUUGUCGAUGAAACUAUCGACCGUCAACCCACGGCUGGAACUCGACGUGGACAGCUUCAUCCCCAAAGAUGCCAACCAGCCAUGCGUGCCUGCAGCGUCGUCCGUGCCACCUCCACCGCAGCCAGUCUACUCGCUGGAAGGGUCAAGCCCGGCGCUGUGCUACGCCACCUCUCAAGGUGCCGCGGUGCCGAGCGUGGUGACCUGUGCCAAAAGCUUUGUAACGCCAUCCACCUUUGCGAACCAUGACAUUCCUGACCAAUCACUUGAAGGAUUUCAAAAUGUUAACUCUCAGAUGGGGAGCUUGUGGGAGGAGGACGACCUCCAAAGCCUGGUGCUGAUGGGGUUCCGGGGCAGUACGUGAUCAUUGGCGCGUUGAUUGAGGGACAGUUCAGUUUCAACGAUCACCAAUCAAGGCAAGAGAUGAUCAAUGUGUGUGUGUGG